AUCAUCAUCUCAUCGGAGAAGAAAAGAGUCCGUUUCUACUUGUGAUCCAGUCCAAAGCUAAGAAUCCGUGUUUACCUGUUUUCUUCUAUGAUGAUGAUCCGGACUCAGUAGUUUUUGUGUUCUUAUCCAAUUAUUAUUACAUAUCUCUCUUUGUUUCUUUCUCCUCUGGAUAGCCCGACCUCCCCUGCAUAUAAGUAGCCACGUCUCCGCAGCCCCAUGGCCACCAGCACCAAAGCAACGCAACCACAACCGGCGACAUCGUCUUCUUCUCUUGGCGUCAGUUUUUCGGGCCUGAUGGAGAACAAGGGGGCGGCAGCGGUGCCGGAGAAGGAGGCGCAAGCGCCGGCGGCGUCGUCGACGUGCUUCAAGUGGACGGUGGGGGAGGGCGCGACGCUCAUGGAGCGGGCCAAGGACCAGUACAAGCAGUUCACGGAGGCGCAGGCCAGCGAGCACUGGGAGUGCAUCAAGAACACGGUCAGCUCCAUGUUCGCCGAGCCCAUCCCCUUCUUCGGCGGAGGCGCCGCCAAGGACCACGGCUCCAGCAGCAGCAACAGCACGCUAGACAUCGUUGUCGCUAAUUAGUUCAGGUCUUGGAUUAAACUCGAGGAACUGUAUAUUGAGGAUUUUGAGUUGAUUAAAUUAGUGCAGUGAUUAUCUUGAA